UACCAAAGAAGAAGAAGAAGAAGCUGCUCUAGUCGGCCAUUUCGUGAGCUUGCUAGCCAACGUAGCCGAAACAUUGGAGCUCUUUAGACUCUUUCGGUGAUUAUUAGCCACUGUGUUUUAAACACACUUCUGUCGUAUCUACUAGCUACCCCUUUUAAUAACAUAUUUACGUUGUUUUUGUUAGUCAGCUAGCUGGCUUGUUAAAUUAGCAGUAGCACUAAGCUAGUGCUAACUAGCUAGCUAACGUCCUCGACCAUGAGUUCACUGAGCUACCCCCCUCCUGCUAAAGAAGAGGAGGUCUGCUGGACGGAGAAAGAAACUCUCGUGAAAGAGGAGAAGGAAGAGGAGGCUGUUACAGUUAAACAAGAAGUAGAGGAUGAAGCUGUUACAUUGAAAUUAGAAGAGAAAGAAGUUACGGUGAAAGAAGAGGAAGGUGUUUUCAGAGUGAAAGAGGAGGAGGAUGUUACUGUGAAAGAAGACGGGGAGGAAGAGGAGGAUGCAGUUUUUGGAGUGAAGGAGGAGGAGGGGGAGAUGACUGAGGAAGACGAUUUUGGAGUGAAGGACGGGGAGAUUACUGUCACGUUAGAGGAGGAGGAAGAAGAGAAGACUGGAGAUCUGAUUAACACCAGAGAGAGACCAGACUCAGAGGAACCAGAGAUGUCCGAACCAACGAGACGACACCACUGUUCCCACUGUGGAAAGAGCUUUAACCAGUUAGGGGACCUAAAAAAACAUGAGAGAAUACAUACAGGAGAGAAGCCUCACCAAUGCUCCCAGUGUGGACAGUGUUUUACCUGGUUACAGAAUCUAAAACAACAUCAAAUACUACACACAGGCGAGAAACCUUACCAAUGCUCUCAGUGUGAAAAGGCUUUUACCCGGUUAGCACUCCUGAAAGAACAUAAAAUAGUACACACGGGAGAAAAACCUUUCCACUGCUCUCAGUGUGAAAAGAGUUUUACCAAGAAAGGGAUCCUAAAACAGCACGAGAGGACGCACACAGAAGAAAAGCCCUACCACUGCUCCCAGUGUGGAAAGACAUUUUCCUUAAUAAAGUACCUGAAAGAGCAUGAAAAAACACAUACAGGAGAAAAGCCUCGAGAGAAGCUUUUCCUUUGCGCCCUGUGCGGAAAGAGUUUUACCCAUUCAAGGCUCCUGAAAUCACACAAAAGAACGCACACAGGAGAGAAGCCUUAUCAAUGCUCCUUUUGUGGAAAGAGUUUUUCUCAAUCAAGUUGUCUGCAAAAACAUAAGAGAAUACACACUGGAGAGAAGCCUUACCACUGCUCCCUGUGCGGAAAUAAUUUUGCCCGGUUAGAUUCCCUGAAAUCACAUAACAGAAUACACACAGGAGAGAAGCCUUUACACACAGGAGAGAAGCCUUUACACACAGGAGAGUAGCCUUUACACACAGGAGAGAAUACCUCAUUGUAAAUACGAUUUUUUUCUUAAUUAACUUUUUUUUUUUUAUGAAUAAAGAAGAAACCUGUGUCUUGUGAUGUAGUUCAGUGGUGUUCCGAAUGAACUGUUUUAUAUGCUGUUUUCCCAUUUGAUUAAAGUGUACUCAAAAAUACAAUCUCAAGACAUUGAAUAUGAAAUACAUUGGUUUGAAUGUAGAGUACCAAUAUGCCAGUUUGAAUGUGUAUGCUCUCUGUGAUUACAUGGUCAUUUUCCAACUAUG